CUCUUUCUUUGCUGGCUUCAUCGUUGCUGUAUUUUUCUGCUAUUCAUCCACUUGAGAGCUAUUCCAUUUGCUGCCUUUCAUUUGGGCCCUGACACCGUCCUGUUAUAUCUACAUUCAGAAACGUGCAGUAGAAACAAAAUUAGAAGACAUCCAAGAUGUCUUUACCUUUCUACCAAAGACACCAUGAACACUAUGACCGUGCAUACCGCCAUAAAGCACUGCAGUCCACUGUAAGCCAGUACCAAAAGGAAACAAAGAGCAAAUCUGCUGUCUAUGCUCAAGGAUCUACAGCUUACGCUAGAGGUUCUGCAGCCUAUCGCCACGCAUCUGCAGCAGACUUCAGCCUUGACUCUUCAGCAGCAUAUAGUCAUGGCUCUUCAGCCUAUGACCUUGAGUCGGCAGCCUACAGCUAUGGAUCUACAGCCUAUGAUCACUCUGCUGCACAAAGUAAAAGAUCUGCUGCUUACAGUCUUGACUCUAAAUCCCUCAGUCAGAGCUCAGCUGCCUACAGGCACGGAUCUGAAUCCAUCAACAAGCUGGCUGAAGCCUACAGGCUGGUCUGAAGCCUACAGUCUUGGACUGAAAGAUUACAAUUUAAUGAUUGAAGAUCAAUCCUAUAAGAUGAGUCCCAAAGCAAAGAGAGCAAAACAGAAUUUGGUAUCUGAGGACAAAGAGAAUGAAGCCAUAGACUACUCAGUGCCCAUAUUCACAGGACGAGAAGUGAGUAUCAGUGGGAUCACAGACACAGAAGAAGAAAGAAUUAAAGAAAGUGCUGCAUAUGUUGCCAAGAGGAACCUUUUUGCCACAGGUGAAGGAGUUAGUGUCAGCAAGGUGGCCAAGUCAACUUCCGAAGAGGAACAUCAUGAAAAAAAAUCAAGGAAAAUAGCAAUCCGGGAGUCUGCUGAACGUGUGGCCCUGAAGAAAACGUUAGAAGACACUCAGGCAUUCCACAAAAAGCUGAAUCAAGAUAAACUUUUACAUGCUCCUGAGUUUAUUAUUGAGCCUCGUUCCCACACUAUCUGGGAAAAGCAAAAUGUCAAAUUUCAUUGUUCUGUGGCUGGCUGGCCAGCACCCCGUGUCACAUGGUACAAAAACAAUGUGCCCAUUGAUGUACAGGCUCACCCCGGCAAGUAUAUAAUUGAAAGUCGGUAUGGGCUGCACUCACUGGAGAUUAGCACGUGUGAUUUUGACGACACUGCUCAGUAUCGGGCUUCUGCUAUGAAUGUUAAAGGAGAAAUUUCGGCUUUUGCUUCCCUCGUGGUAAAGAGGUACAAAGGAGAAAUUGAUGCAAGUCUUUUGCAUGGAACCGUUUCCAUGCCUAUGGACCUUGGUGUUACCCCUCGUGGCUAUGCUUCUAGAUUUGAAAUCAAAUUUGUCGACAAGUUUGAUGUAGCCUUUGGGAGAGAAGGCGAGACAAUGAGCCUGGGCUGCACAGUUGUCAUCAGUCCUGAUAUCAAGCGCUUCAAACCAGAGAUUGAAUGGUACAGAAAUGGUGUUCUUAUUACACCCUCCAAAUGGGUGCAGAUGCACUGGAGUGGGGAGCGAGCUUCACUAACACUGACUCAUGCCAACAAGGAAGAUGAAGGUCUUUACACCCUGCGAGUGGUGAUGGGAGACUACUAUGAAGAGUACAGUAAUUAUGUCUUUGUUCGAGAUGCUGAUGCUGAAAUCCCCGGAGCCCCUGGUGCACCACUGGAUGUGCAGUGCUUAGAUGCCAACAAAGAUUAUGUCAUUGUCUCCUGGAAGCAGCCCGCUGUUGAUGGAGGAAACCCCAUCCUCGGAUAUUUCAUUGACAGGUGUGAGGUUGGCACCACCCACUGGACCCAGUGCAAUGAGACUCCUGUGAAGUUUGCUCGUUUUCCUGUCACUGGUCUGAUUGAAGGCCGUUCCUACAUUUUCCGAGUCCGAGCUGUGAACAAAGCUGGCAUUAGCCUGCCGUCCCGGGUGUCAGAGCCUGUGGCUGCUCUGGAUCCUGCUGACAGAGCCAGGCUUAGAAGUCACCCUUCCGCUCCCUGGACUGGGCAGAUUAUUGUCACUGAGGAAGAACCUGCAGAGGGUGUUGUUCCUGGUCCACCUACAGACCUCCGAGUUAUUGAAGCCACCAAGAACUACGUUGUGCUUAGCUGGAAGCCUCCUGGACAGCGGGGCCAUGAGGGUAUCAUGUAUUUUGUGGAGAAGUGUGUUGCCGGCACAGAGGACUGGCAAAGGGUGAACACCGAGAUCCCUGUGAAGUCUCCCCGCUUUGCAGUUUUUGAUUUGGCUGAAGGCAAAUCCUACAGCUUCCGAGUUCGCUGUUGCAAUUCAGCUGGAAUCGGUGAACCUUCAGAAGCAACUGAAGCCACUGUGGUGGAUGACAAACUCGAUAUUCCCAAAGCUCCUGGGCGUGUUAUGCCAACUAGGAAUACAGAUACCUCAGUUGUUGUCACUUGGACAGAGCCCCCAGAUGCCAAGGAGCUGGUUGGGUACUACAUUGAGUCAAGUGUAGUUGGAUCUGGUCAUUGGGAACCGUGCAACAACAAUCCAGUGAAAGGCACAAGAUUCAUUUGCCAUGGGCUCAUCAAUGGUGAGAAGUACAUUUUCAGAGUCAGAGCUGUUAAUGCAGCAGGACUCAGUGAAUUUUCACAGGAUUCGGAGCCUAUAGAAGUGCAAGCAGCCAUUGGGGGAGGAUUGCUUCAUGCUGCUCCAUCUCCACCUUAUGACAUCAUGGUACUUGAGAGUGUUCGUGACUCGAUGGCAUUAGGAUGGAAACAACCUAAAGUCACUGGCGGAACUGAAAUUACUGGCUACUACGUGAACUAUCGCGAAGUGGUUGAUGGAGUUCCUGGGAAAUGGAUGGAGGCCAACAUCAAAGCCAUUAGUGAGAGGGCAUACCGGAUUGAAAACCUGAAGGAAAACAUGGUGUACCAGUUCCAGGUGGCUGCUGCUAACCUGGCUGGGGUUGGGACACCCUCCCUACCCAGCCAGCCCUUCAAAUGUGAAGAAUGGACCAUUGCUGUACCUGGGCCACCCCAUGAUGUCACAUGCAUAGAAGUUAGGAAGGACUCUUUGGUUUUACUGUGGAAGGAACCAGUUUAUACUGGCCGUAGUCCCAUAGCUGGUUAUUAUGUUGAUAUGAAGGAAACUGAAGCAAAGGAGGAACAUUGGAGAAGUGUUAAUGAGAAGCCACUUCAAAAGAAAUUCUUGAAGAUAGGUGGCCUUAAAGAAGGUGUGAGCUAUGUGUUUCGUGUGCGGGCAACAAACCAGGCUGGUGUUGGGAAACCAUCAGAUGUUACGGAUCCGGUAGUAGCUGAAACACGACCAGGAACCAAGGAAGUGGUGGUGGAUGUAGAUGACAAUGGAGUAAUUUCUUUGAACUUUGAAUGUGAUCAGAUGUCUCCAAACUCUCAGUUUGUUUGGUCCAAGAAUUAUGAACCAAUUGAGGAUGACUCUCGACUGAACAUUGAUACCAAAGGCGGCAAGUCAAAAGCUAUCUUUAAGGAUCUUGGAGAAGAUGAUUUGGGAAUUUACUCUUGUGUUGUUACAGACACUGAUGGAGUUUCAUCAAGCCACACAAUUGAUGAGGAAGAAAUGAAACGCCUGCUUGCUCUGAGCCAUGAACGCAAAUUCCCAA